UGCACUGUCAAUGCUCACUAGCAUUUAUCCUUCACUAAUCACUAGUGUCUAGUACUCUGUCCAUCGUCUUCCCAAAACAGACUGGUUUUUGCCACCAAAAACACCAACAAAAUGGGACCUUCUUCCACAACUCAAUCCCUCACUCUCUUCACCUCCCUCCCCAAAACCCUAACCCUCUCCCCAGAGUCCCACUCUUCAUCCCUGCAACUCUCAAAUCCCAAGAGACUGAAAUCGACCAUUACAAUGAGAGACAGAAGCAACAACCCAAGGCCGUUGCAGAAGGGGAGGUUCCUCAGCAUCGAAGCCAUCCAGACCGUGCAGGCGUUGAAGAGGGCGCAGAAAGAUCAGAGCAUUUUAAGCCAAGUUUUCGAUUCCAAGUUCCGGCGGUUGUUGAAGUUCGAUAUGAUGGCUGUCCUCCGUGACCUCCUCCGCCAGAACGAGUGCGUCUUGGCCCUCAAGGUCUUUGAAGACAUUCGAAAGGAACAUUGGUACAGGCCACAGGUUUCAUUGUAUUCCGAUAUGAUUAGAGUAACUGCUAGCAAUGGAUUGUUUGAACAAGUUGAACUUCUUUUCUUGUGCUUGAAAAAGGAAACUAAUUUACAGCCUGAAAUUGAGGCAUUUAAUGCUCUAAUGACAACAUUGAUAAGUUUUAACCUCCCUAAACUUGCAAUCGAGUGUUAUUACUUGAUGAAAGAGGUGGGGUGUGAACCUGAUAGGUCAUCCUUUAGAAUACUCGUUAAUGGUCUAGAGUCGAUGGGAGAGACAGGUAGUUCGGGUAUUGUAAGGCAGGAUGCUCAACAGAUUUACGGGGAAUCUCUGGAGUUUCUAGAGGAGAAUGAAGAAAUGGCAGUGAGCCAUCAGUGACUGUUGGAUAGAUCAUAUGAUAUAUGCUGUAAGGAAAUAUGUAAGAAACUCUAACCGUUGCGGAUAAAAAAAAAAAGAAUUUGAUAUCAUCUUUCAUGUGAUUACAAUUGAGAUUAAGUUAGUUCUUUGUAGGACUUUGUUUUGAGAAGCAAGCAAUUGCUUGCAUGUUCUCAGUCAUUUUGCCCUCUGAGUUGCGAUUUGGCACACAGAAUAAUAUGUACCUUGGAACAUAAGCAUUCCAAAACUCAUUUUCUCUCCCUACUUUCCAGCUUUGUGAUCGGUAUAAUGGAUUGCAUUAACACUUCUUAGUAAAUGGUUUGCAUGCUAGAAAUGGUGUGAUUGCUUUAGUUCCCUACGUCGGGGUAUUCCCAAAUUAAAGUACUUUCCCGAGCAAGAACAUAAGACUUAUGCUGCACGGUUUGGUUAGCUGGACGGAUUUGAUAACAGUAGCAGAGCAAGUGCUAGACAAACUAAAAGUAAGGGUGCAACAGUCGGAUGCUUGAACUGAGAAUUAGAGAACUGGAAGAUCGUUCAAGCGUAGUGAAGACCAUGGCUAAGGCGAAGGAAGUGCCUCCUAUUACUAAUGUCUGUAAGUGUUUGCAUUGUGUAGAUCAGUCUACGAAAAAUUUGAUGGAAUACAGAAUUUUCUCUAAA